UCUCUCAGCUGCUGUAAUCGCUGCUGCAGGAGAAAUUGGAGCUGCCGUCGCUGGCACGCCCGCCCUCCCCCACUAAGAAGAGCUACGGCCUCUUCUCUCACGCUCCUUAUACACCUAUUGGUGGGAGCGGCGGCAGCAACAGUCCGUGGACCCUCUGCCGCCUCUUCUUGCGGCUGCUCUACCGGUCAUUCCCUCGGCCCCUCAACUGAGGGGGGCCCCCCGUCCCUAACCAGCUUCCUACUUCUCCCUCUUCAGCUUCGCCUGGAACCCAUCUCCCCAGUCUCGCCGGGGUGGAGGACGACGAAGAAGAACCAGGAGAGUCACCCUUCCUCCAGGCGGCGCCGGCCCCCACACCGCGGGUGUGUCCUAUAAAUGGCGUCUGAAAGCGACACCGAGGAAUUUUAUGAUGCCCCUGAAGAUGUGCACCUUGGGGUCGGCUACCCAGUAGGGUCUCCAGGAAAAGUUGGGCUUUCAUCAUUCAAGGAAACAGAGAACACUGCACACAAAGUUGGAAAUGAGUCCCCUGUACAAGAAUUGAAACAAGAUGUGUCUAAAAAGAUAAUUGAAAGUAUUAUUGAGGAGAGUCAGAAAGUACUACAGCAUGAAGAUGACUCUUUGGGUUCCAAAGGAAAGGGACUUUCUGAUCAAGCUACUGCCAGUCCUGUUGUGGCUGAUACUGAUCUUAGCAAUAUACCUGGACUUCUAGCCAUAGAUCAAGAAUUACAGAAAGAUUCCAAAAAGCCAGAGAGUGACAAUGCAUUGGAAAAAACUGAAUUAGAAUCAAAAGAAUGUUUUCCUUCUGAUGAUGCCUGUGAGAAGUCAAUAGAUGAAACCACUAAGUUAACUGAAAUAAAUUCAGCAGAGCAGCUUAAUGUGCCUGAAAGAGAAACAGAAGUAUUGAACAAGGAAACAGUGGAAGUCAAACAAAGUGAUGUUCUGGAUCCUGCAACAUCAGACUCUUUACCUACUAAAGAUUUUGCUGCUGUAGAAGAGAUGGCUCCUGCCAAACCCCCAAGACACAUCACUUCAGAACCUGAUAUAGUAGCUAGUACAAAGAAGCCUGUUCCAGCCCGUCCACCCCCUCCAGCUAAUUUCCCACCUCCUCGACCUCCACCUCCCUCUCGACCUGCUCCACCGCCAAGAAAAAAGAAAAGUGAAUUGGAAUUUGAGGCUCUUAAAACACCUGAUGUUGAUGUACCGAAAGAAAAUAUUUCAUCUGAUUCUCUCCUAACUACAAACAUGGCUUCAGAGAGUGCAGCCAGAGAUUCUCAGCCUUCUCUUGAUUUGGCAAGUGCUACCAGUGGAGAUAAAAUAGUUACUGCUCAGGAAAAUGGAAAAGCACCUGAUGGACAGACAAUAGCAGGGGAAGUAAUGGGCCCACAGAGACCUAGAUCAAACUCUGGAAGAGAACUAACUGAUGAGGAAAUUUUAGCUAGUGUAAUGAUUAAGAACCUGGAUACUGGAGAAGAAAUACCUUUAAGUCUUGCUGAAGAGAAACUGCCAACAGGUAUUAAUCCUCUAACGCUACACAUCAUGAGAAGGACAAAGGAAUAUGUAAGUAAUGAUGCAGCACAGUCAGAUGAUGAAGAGAAGUUACAGUCUCAGCCAACAGAUACUGAUGGUGGAAGAUUAAAACAAAAAACGACUCAAUUAAAGAAGUUCCUUGGAAAAUCAGUGAAGAGAGCAAAGCACCUUGCUGAGGAAUAUGGUGAACGUGCUAUAAAUAAAGUUAAAAGUGUAAGAGAUGAAGUGUUUCACACUGAUCAAGAUGAUCCUUCAUCAAGUGAUGAUGAAGGAAUGCCCUAUACAAGACCAGUUAAAUUCAAAGCAGCACAUGGUUUUAAAGGACCUUAUGAUUUUGAUCAGAUCAAAGUGGUGCAAGAUCUUAGUGGGGAACAUAUGGGAGCUGUUUGGACCAUGAAAUUUUCUCACUGUGGCCGAUUACUUGCCUCAGCUGGACAAGAUAAUGUAGUGAGAAUAUGGGCUUUAAAACAUGCUUUUGACUAUUUCAACAAUAUGCGAAUGAAAUAUAAUACUGAAGGACGUGUGUCUCCAUCACCUUCUCAGGAAAGUCUAAAUUCAUCAAAAUCUGAUACAGAUACAGGGGUGUGCUGUGGAACUGAGGAAGACCCAGAUGACAAAAAUGCACCCUUUUGACAACGGCCAUUUUGCAAAUAUAAAGGACACACUGCUGAUCUCCUUGAUCUUUCAUGGUCUAAAAACUACUUUCUGCUUUCUUCUUCAAUGGACAAAACUGUCAGAUUAUGGCACAUUUCCAGAAGAGAAUGCCUUUGCUGUUUUCAACACAUAGAUUUUGUCACUGCCAUAGCUUUCCAUCCAAGAGAUGACAGAUAUUUUCUCAGUGGGUCAUUGGAUGGAAAGCUCCGCCUUUGGAAUAUACCUGACAAAAAAGUGGCUUUAUGGAAUGAAGUAGAUGGUCAGACAAAAUUGAUCACAGCUGCAAAUUUCUGUCAGAAUGGCAAAUAUGCAGUGAUUGGGACCUAUGAUGGCAGAUGUAUUUUCUAUGAUACAGAGCAUUUGAAAUACCAUACCCAGAUACAUGUCCGAUCUACUAGAGGGCGCAACAAGGUUGGAAGAAAAAUUACUGGCAUUGAACCUUUACCUGGAGAAAAUAAGAUACUGGUAACCUCAAAUGACUCCAGAAUCAGACUAUCUGAUCUGAGAGAUUUGUCAUUGUCUAUGAAGUACAAGGGUUAUGUCAAUAGCAGCAGCCAGAUCAAAGCAAGUUUCAGCCAUGAUUUUACUUACCUUGUUAGUGGUUCAGAAGAUAAAUAUGUUUAUAUUUGGAGUACCUACCAUGAUCUAAGCAAGUUUACUUCAGUCAGGAGAGAUCGAAAUGACUUCUGGGAAGGUAUUAAAGCACAUAAUGCAGUUGUUACAUCAGCCAUCUUUGCUCCAAACCCAAAUUUGAUGUUAUCUUUGGAUAUGCAGUCUGAAAAAUCAGAAGGAAAUGAUAAAGGUGAAGAUGCUGAAGUUUUGGAUACAUCCACUGGUACCAUGAAGACAGAUAACACAGAAGUUCUUCUCUCUGCUGACUUCACUGGCGCAAUCAAAGUGUUUAUUAACAAAAGGAAAAAUGUAUCUUAA